AUGGGGUCGAAAAAUUGCAUGAAUGAGGUGUGCCGAGCAACAACGUCACCCGACUGGAAGAAAGGUUGGAGCUUGAAAUCAGGUGGACUAGCUUGGCUUUGUUACAAUUGCGGAUCUGCCUAUGAGAAUUCUAUUUUCUGUGAAACAUUCCACUCGGAGGACUUUGGUUGGCGGCCAUGCAGAGUAUGUGGAAAGAUGGUUCACUGUGGAUGCAUUGCUUCAAGGCAUCUACACGAGUACAUGGAUUUUGGGGGUGUUGCUUGCAUAAGCUGUGCAAAGCGUUUGGAGACCCAUGCAAGGGAAACAAUGACCCCUAGUGAUAUUCUUAAUGGCAAAUUUGACUCGCUGAUUAUAAAAGCAAUGGACGGCACAUUAGACGAUGACAAAUUCAGCACAGAGAGGCCCCUGCAGUUGACCAAGUCCAUAGGGGUCAACGACAUAACCUCAGCAUUCGAGCAGAUCAAACGAGAUGAACCGUCCGUGCUAAAAACCUCUGAGACGGGAAGAAACUUAACAAGUGCCCCUUCGUCUGUUUUCAUUAAACCAGACAAUAUGGGGACAAGACAUCACCUUAAUAAGGACAUGCCAGAAUCUCUAACUCAGCCUUGUCUGAGUUUCUCCCUGUCAGCAAACCCUCCUUUAGCUGGCUCGAGCAGUUUAUCACCACAUUUUGCUGGUGGGAUUGUCGAGGGGAGUGAUCAGAACAAAGGUUCUUUACAAAAGACACGCCCUGUUCUUGCAAAGCCGCCAAAACCUAGUCCAAUGGCAGGCUCUGAGACGAGUCGAGCUGGCGGUUCUCAGGUUCGGGUCCCGAGGCCUCCGGCGGAAGGGCGGGGCCGUAGCCAGCUGCUUCCUCGUUAUUGGCCGAGGAUCACAGAUCAAGAGUUGCAGCAGUUAUCUGGAGAUUUGAACUCCACUAUUGUGCCAUUAUUUGAGAAGAUUCUCAGUGCUAGUGAUGCUGGCAGAAUUGGCCGUCUGGUCCUUCCGAAAGCCUGUGCUGAAGCAUACUUCCCUACUAUAAAUCAAUCAGAAGGUAUACCUAUAAAGAUUCAGGACAUUAAGGGAAAAGAGUGGACAUUUCAGUUCCGGUUUUGGCCGAACAACAACAGCAGGAUGUAUGUUUUGGAGGGUGUAACACCUUGCAUCCAAAGUAUGCAAGUACAAGCUGGUGAUACAGUGAUAUUUAGUAGGAGAGAUCCUGGAGGUCAACUUGUCAUAGGCUGUCGCAAGACAAUAACCAAUACUGAUGUCCAGGAACCUCAAACUCCAGCAAUUCCAAAUUCUGAUCCACCGGGAGACACAUCAUCAUCAGGCGGCAAUGAUAAUCUGCCAGCGAAUGGAGGCAGAGGAUCUGAAGAUUCUCGGCAGAUGCAACUGAGCAGCGUGUUGCAGAAGAAAAAACCAAGAAAUAUUAAGAACAAGAGGCUUCACAUGUACAAUGAUGAUGCUCUAGAGCUUAGGAUUAAUUGGGAAGAAGCACAAGAGUUGUUGCGUCCUCCUCCAUCUACCGAGCCGACUGUUUUCAUGGUCGAGGAUUAUGAGUUUGAAGAGUUUGAAGAACCCCCGAUUUUUGGGAAGAGGACGAUUUUCAUAUCUCAACCUUCCGGGGAGCUUGCACAACUGGUUCAAUGUGAUAGUUGCUCGAAAUGGCGUAAGCUGCCAGUUCAAGCUCUUAUUUCUGCAAAUUGGACGUGUACAGAAAAUGUCUGGGACACUAACAGGUCUUCGUGUUCUGCUCCAGAAGAGAUGAACCAAAGGGACCCAAAUUUGUUCUCUAGAACUAACAAGGAUCACAAGAAGCAAAGAACUAGCGACAGCAAAUCGGGCUCCCCUGAAGGCGAGCUCUCGUCUGGCCUAGACGCACUUGCAAAUGCUGCAGUCUUGGGGGACAACAUAACCGAGCUCACGGCUGGGCCCACCACAAGGCAUCCACGUCAUCGUCCCGGCUGCUCGUGCAUCGUCUGCAUUCAGCCCCCGAGCGGUAAAGGCAGGCACGACCCCAACUGCAAGUGCAAUGUCUGCCUAACCGUCAAACGCCGCUUCAAAACCCUCAUGCUCCGCAAGAAAAAACGCCAUGAUCCACAUCGUGAGGAUGAUAUUUUGGCGGGAACUUCAGGGAUGAGCCUAACGACGUUGAUCAACACAGCUGCUGCUGCUGCUUACCCGCUGGAUAUGUAUUUGGGCCGGAACGGGCUCCAAAGACUUGGACCGGGCAUUUCUUUGAUCUCUCGGGGUUCUAGUGGAGGUUUUGAUGGAGUUGGGUUGUCGCCUGGGGAUGGGAAGCAGGAGAAUAGUUGCAUGGAUGGGUGA